UGUACGACUAGUCGUGAAAGAUUUCAAUAAUGAUGCACUUUUAGUGCAGGAUAGAAAACCUGCUUUUCCAAUGAUCGAACAGAGCAUAAGAUGGACAGAAAUGAUAAGAUUGAAAUGGAAGCCAUGGUCAAUAAGAAAGACGAUGGCGUUAAAGAACUGACACGCGCUCUGAAUGGAACCGAGUUCUCGUUCAGAAAAUCUGCACGCUGGAGACUUCAAACCAAGCGUCAGGAUUUGAAUCAGCAAAUUUAUAAACAAAUGAAACUUCGCGAUGGCGCCGAAAACUUACUGAAAGCUCUACGGCAAACCAAUGACCGUCGAAUCAAGAAAGCAGCAAAGAUGGAACUCAGCAAUGCCAGCUCACAGCUUGACCGUCUUAGAGAAGAACUUGAGGGCAUCAACUCUGCAUUUGAUGUGUACCAGUUUGAUGAGACCAUGGAAAACCAGAUACCUAUGGUAUCUUUAGGAUUAAGAGAAACUUCAGAAYUGAAAUUCAAGCUCCCAUUUAUGGAUUUCAUCAAAUCACACUACCAUGAAGAUCCUGAAGACUUUGAGAAUGAACUAGAAGAGUACAAAGAGUUACGAAUGGAUAUGUGUAAUCCAAGCCGAGAUGAAAAAGGCUGUCAGAAGCUGCAUCAAUACUUCAAUCAGCUAUAUUUCAUUGAAAAGAAGUUCUUCUCCAAAAAAGGAUCAAUGCCAGUUUACUUUCAGUGGUAUGAUGCUCUCACAGGACUUCCAAAGGUUCAAAGAUCUGUUGCUUUUGAAAAGGCCAGUGUGUUGUUCAACAUUGGAGCCUUAUGGUCUCAAAUAGCCACAAAGCAGGACAGAAGCACUGAAGAAGGAGUCAAGAUUGCAUUUUAUUCCUUUCAGAAAGCAGCAGGUUUAUUUGCUUAUACUAAAGACAACUUUGUGAACUCACCCAGUGUUGACAUGACUCAGGACACAUUAGAAGCCUUGGCAGAUCUUAUGCUGGUCCAAGCACAAGCUUGCUUGUGGGAGAGAAAACUGCAAACGCAAACUCAUAAGAUUCAAGAAGAUUUUGAAGAGAGCAUUAAAGCAGGACAAGAAUGUGCUGAGAUCUGUCAGGGAUAUAACAAAGUGUUUUUAUUAAUGAACACUGGAAUUUGCAUGGAUGCCAUACCAAUCGCUUGGAGAAAUAUGGUUAAGAUCAUGUAUCUGUAUUAUAAAUCCCUUUCUCACUACUACACAGCAGUUGGACUUUUGCAGUGUCAUUCUUUGCCAAACUGUGAGCCAUUGUUGCUUGACAUGAUUCCAUCAUUGUAUGCUCCACAAGCCUCCAGUACAAAUGUAUUACAGAAGCACGCUAAAGCACAUCUACACACUGCCUUGCGUAACCAUGAAGAUGCAGCAAGAGCAAAGCAAGUUUGUAGCUACUGCAGGAAAAUGGGUUCUUUACAAAAGGUUUUGGCAGAGUCUCGUAACCAGUUAAUGAAACAGUUUAUUUCGAUGGAGGAAGAAGAUGACUUUGAUGACCCUAUGUCACCCACCCCUGUAAAAGCUUAUGUUCAACAGAAAGCUGAACCAGUUCCCCCAGAUUUUAGUGAUACAACAGUAGAAGACCUUUUCCAUAGAUUGGGUCCAGUUCAUGUCUUCAAUGCAGACUCAAACCUAAGCAGGACAAGAACCAUCACAGUCAAAAGAAAGCAUGGUAGUUUUGGUUUCAGUGUGAUUGGUUCAGCUCCAGUUAUUGUACAGUGUGCUGAGGAGCAUGGUGCAUCUUGGGAUGCUGGAUUACAAGUUGGUGAUAUCAUUACUGGUGUUGAUGGUGCUGAUGUUAAAUGGGACGAACACACAGAUGUUGUUGCARUCAUUAGAGACAAAGCAGAAACUGUCACAUUAGACAUAAAAACUCCUUAUUCAUUAAAAGAAAUUGCAACUCAUUGUAAUCUGAGAGUCAUCAAAAGCGACAGCUCUUUGUCAACUAAUGACAAGAUGUCCAUCAGUAGUGAUGGAUCAACAUCAUCAUCAUUGAAUCCAAGUAUAAGCGAUGGAGGUUCAAACGACUCAGAAGGCAGCAAUCCAAUAAGACAACGCCGCAGAAGGCCUAUUUUUAGAUAUAGUAGUGACCCUUUUGUAAGAUAAAACAACUAAAACAGCUUCAAUGGAAACUUUUUGUAUAAAUGUGUAAUCACAGAGUGGUAUCUUAAACCAAAAGCCAAAAUAACCCCAUGGGUCUGGAAUUAMGAGCUGACAAAGUCAGUAGUCAAUUACAGCAGGAAUUUCUUUCAGUCAUUUAUUAUUUUUCAUUUUGGAAUUUUUAUUUUGUUAUUUCUAUUUUAUUAUGUCACUGUAGAAUAGUGUAGUUCUGACUAUUUUGAGUUUUUUUUCAUGUACAAAUACUUUAUAUAAUUAUGAAUGAGCUCUACUUCUUUUGGAAUGCUACCGAUGCUAUUAACCAUUAUAUUGUACAAAUAUACAUUACUAUCAUCAUAUUAGGUCAGGAUUCCCAUGGCAUCAUUAUUUAUAUAAUUUAUCAUCAAAAAUGUAUAGUUCUUUUAUAAAGUAUAUUUUAUGAGUGAAAAUGCAGUGCUUUAACUUGUGUUUUCUCUUGCAAUGUCAGAGUGAAAGCAUUUAAUCAGUGAAAUUAUACAAAAUUGCAUAAAUUAGCACCAAGUCUGUAAAAACAUCCUGUGAAUUACCUUGUACUAAACUGCACAAAACAGUACAAAGAGUUUAGUACUGAUUAUCUGCAUUCACUCUAAGCAUUGUGGUUAAACUUCUCUUUUCUAAGAUUCAGUAGAAAAUUAGAAUCCAAAUUUAUUAUUAAAGGAGUGAAACCACUGAACAAAAGCCUUUCACAAUAAUAAAUUUAAAUACCAAUUGAAUGUGCUAAAACACAAGGAGAAUGUGGUGAGAAUGUGCUUCUCUUAUAAUACCAUAAGCACUGAUGAAAUUGGUUUAAAUAGUUAAGCAUUACAUUUUAUAAAGAAAUCUAAUUUCAGAUAAAGCAAAAUAAUAGUAUUGUGAUAAACCAUAAGUUAUAUAAUUAGCAAUUAAUAAAAUUAUAUUAUUUUUGCACAUA